AUGCAAGCGCCCACAAAAAUAAACGCACUUCGGUUGAUGGAGUCGAUCCAUUCAACCUGCGAGUUCGGAAAGGCGCAUCGUUAUGGAGAGCACGAAACAGAGACCGGAAUGGCUCSYUUGGCUCUUGAUGACGAUGAUAAGAAAGUUCGCGAAUGGUUGAUUGAGCAGGUCAAGGCCGUGGGGUGUUCGGUGACAGUCGACCAGAUGGGAAAUAUAUUCGCUGUUCGACCGGGACGAAACAAGACAGCACCACCUGUCAUGAUGGGCUCUCAUCUAGACACGCAGCCUACGGGCGGUCGAUAUGAUGGCAUUUUGGGUGUUCUUGCUGCCCUUGAAGCAUUGCGUACUAUACACGAAAGUGGUUACCAAACGGAGGGUCCUAUCGGGCUAGUUAACUGGACCAACGAGGAGGGGGCAAGAUUUCCCAUGGUGACGGUCUCGUCUGGCGUCUGGGCCGAUGUGGUUCCACUCGAAACUGCCUGGAAUUGUCGAGAAGUGGCUUCUUUAAGCCAAGGCCCAGAGCUGAAAACAAUGAAGCAAGAGUUGGCUCGCAUCGGAUUUUUAGGAGAGACACCGGCAUCGUACAAGGCAUUCCCAAUCGGUGCCCAUUUUGAGCUUCAUAUUGAGCAAGGCCCUAUUCUUGAGAAUGAAGAACAAAAGAUUGGUGUGGUUACCGCUGGCCAGGCAUAUAGCUGGUUUGAGAUAACAAUUAAAGGUCAAGAUUGUCAUGCUGGUACCACGCCUUUAUCUGCUAGGAGAGACCCUCUUCUCGCAGCGGCGAAAAUGAUUGCUGCAUCAAAUCAAAUCGCCAAAUCUGCUUCGGGGCUAAUAACAACCGGUAUCUUCCAAGCGAUACCUGGAAGUAUCAAUACCAUGGCGCAUACUAUAAAAUUCACGAUGGACGUUCGUCACCCUCAAGAUGAGCAGGUCUCUAGCAUGGUUGAACAAUGCCGUCAAGCAUUCGAAAAAAUAGCCACAGAAGACAGCGAGCGAGGCGUAAAUGUGAGCUGGGAAACACUCACUGAGAACGUAGCAGUGAAAUUCCAUCCGGACUGUAUUUCUGCUGUCGAGAGUGCUGCAGAAGCAGUUUGCGCCUCUCUCCCGGCAGACCAAAACCCAUCAAACAGACGUCUCUGGAGACACAUGACAAGCGGUGCAGGUCAUGACAGCUGUAAUGUUAGCAAGAGAUGUCCAACAGCCAUGGUUUUCACGCCGACACGAAAUGGAAUGAGUCAUACUCCGGAUGAAUAUUGUAGUCCAGAGGAUUGCAUACUGGGAGCAGAAGUACUUAUGGGGGCAGCUUUGAAGUAUGAUAUUUUGCGAGCUCAACGAGGCGAGAUUAGUUAA